CUUGCUGCUUUGGGUGAAGCUCAGAUGCAGACAGACAGUGAGCAGCGAGGGCGGCAAGUGUGGAACAGUGGCGCCGAGUUCCCCCUCCGGGGAUAGCCCUCAGCCCAGACUAGCUGGAAGGGCCGAACGUCACUCUGGACUUGUACCCAGCUCGUGUGCUCUUAACCCCUUUCCAAGGCCUCAGAAGCUGCAGCCAGCGCUGCAGAGAGAGAGAGAGAGCACCAGAGCACCAGAAGGGGUGGUCCUUGUUUGCUGGAAGAGUCACAGACUCAGAGAGGGAGAAAGUGAGAGUGAGUGAGAGAGAGAGAGACAGACAGACAGACAGAGCCAGUCUCCGCCCGCUUGGGAGAGAAGCAAGCCGUUACUUCAUGUGCUGGAGCGAGCAGUUUUCCACCUCCCGCUGCCGACUGUCCGGGUACAUGAUGCCGCGGUGCCACGCUGCUCCCCGCGGGCUGGCAUGAGCGCCAGGCGGGCGGCAUGAAGAGCGGGCACCAGCGGUCGGGCUGCGCCUGCCACUACUUGUUCCGCAAGGUCCUGGCAAAGUGCGGGUGCUGUUACAGAGUCCGAGAGUCGUACUCGGUGCGUUGCAGCGAUGGCAGCAUCUCCACCUCGGUGGCCUCCGCGCAGCCCCAGCCGUCGACCAGCUCGGCGCCCAGCUCGCCGGGCUCCAAGCGCUCGGUCAGCACGCUGAAGAAGUGGUUGACCAGCCCGGUGCGCAAGCUGAGCGGCGGCGGAGGCGGCGGCGGCACCAACCGGCGCGUGAAGAAGCUGGAGUGCAAGGCCAAGAAAGAGGAGCGUCGGAGGAGCGCGGACAGCCAACGCAGGAGCAUCGACCUAGGCAUCGUCAACAGGGGCAGCGAUGUCCACGACGUGAAGGACCGGAAGGAUGGACCACCAAGCCCCCAGGAGUGCGGAGAAGAACGGAUAACAGAAGUCAUUCCGGAGGCAUUAUCUUCAUUCCACCCAGACGCCCCAAAGAUGGAGGCAGAAAAACAGGAUUCCGCA